AUGCCUCAGGUGGGGCAUUUUGUGUCUCCUGUCACUUUGUCGAGCCAACCGCUUUAUUUUGGAAGUCCUGUUGUCCUUCCUCCUUCUCAGCUAACUGGUUCGCUUCCUUUAAGCGGCAACUUUAGCUCGCAAGCACCUGUGUCGGUUCCAUUUCCCCCUCAGGAUUUUACUAAACCUUCUAUUCUUCAUUCGGGUAGUCCCAAACUCAUUGAUAAUACUGCGUCUGUACAUGUUUCUCGCGAACAUGUUGGUGUUCACAAUGAGGUUAGAAGUGCUUCUCCCGGACCGACGGAUACCAUCAUCAGCAUUAAAAACUGGGUUGCCGUCAAUCUUGAGGAGGAUGGUGAGUGUCGUAUUGCUGGGCACUCUACUAAGAGCGGUCAACUCAUUUGUUCGGAGAGAAUUAUUUUCGUUAAUGAUCGUGGGAACGUUGUCUCUGAUGGGAAAAACUUGUUUAAAUUAUGUGGGCCAAUCUCCUGGGCGUUAUAUGAACUUCAGCAUCCGCAGGCGGGGGAAAUCAAUCCCACACCACAGUUACGAAAGGCCUUUUCCAAUGGAUUUCCGCGCAAAAAUAGAGGAAGCUGGAUGAGAGCUUUGUACCGAUUUCUCUUCCACUUGACUCGACGAAAGCCAAGUUCCGGCCCUACAGAUCUAAAAUCCAUAUCAUCAAUAGAUGGGGUUAGGGAUAUGGAUGAGUCGAAUUUGGGGACAGAUGUUGAUGCAAGGUCGACUAGCACAAUGGACUUGCCCUUCCUUGUUCUCAACUCGCGGAAUCACAACUCCCGUGGAAGACGCCAUUCUCCUCGCAAAAGGCGUUCCGAAUCACCGUUUCCCUCCAAAAGUUGCUACUCUGAUUCUCCCUCUGGCACUGGGUCGAUGGGGGACGAUGAUGACCCCAUUCCGAGUGCAUCGAUCCUUUGUGAGAUUGGCAAUCGUAGCUUCCCUACUAAAGAUAGACGAACUUCGGGAUGGAGAGACCAAAUUCAUUCUUCAUCUCCAUUGACUGUUGAGACGGGAGUCCAAACUUCCAAUGAUUUUUCUUCGCCUCAAUUGACGUUGGGGGCGUCGCUUGCUGGUAGAGUGGGUCGGCGCGAUGUGGGGACAGAGACGAGCAGGACUAGAGAGCAGACUCCACUCUCCAACUGGAUGGAAAAAGAUAUGCGGUUGAAUGUGGCCUUGAGGAACGCAGAAAUUGAGUGUACGCCUUCACCGUCACCACCACCAAAGGCGUUGUCUCCUAAGUUACAUUCCCACGGAUCACACAGACGACAUUCAGAGGAGGUCGGGGUUGGUCCGUCGUAUUAUUCAGCAAAGAAGUCGGUUGUUGUCGGCAUGGAUGGCCCAGAGUUUUUAAGUGAACAGGAAAAUGAUAUGGUGGCAGGCGGCUCUAGACGUCACUCUCAUCCUCAGUGGCGGUUGAAGGAAUCAGGCCAAUCAAGAAGAGCACCACACGUGAGUGCUCUUCUAGCUUUCGUCCAAAAUUCCCGAUACUCGCUGCGCCAUCGCUUUGUGAAAAAGGGGCACAUGAAGUCGGGAAGUAAGGCGGCUCCCGCUUCCUCUGCGUUAAAUCGUAAAAUUCACAGCCGCAGUCGUGAGUCCCGGCACAGUGGACAUUACAAACACCAUCAGCUAGAACGGCAACAGGCUAAAGGCCAAACAUUGGAUCGGCGCCACCAACUCAUAACACAGCUAGGCGAGAUUAUCUACAUCUUUUCUGUCCCAGGUGUUGUGGAUGUGCGGGACCUAAAAAGGACGCGCUCAGGUCGGUUGAGUGUCCCCACCCGAGACACUUGGCAUCGACAAAAACUAGUCUUUGAUGGCGCCGAUAUCAGCGUAGAUCAUGGGGAGUACGGGAAGUCCAUGUUGGUGUUUGCGGUAAAAUCCAUAUUUUACGUCUCCUGUCAAGUAAUGCGCUAUUCAGCAGGUUGUAUCAUACGGCUGUUGGCAUUUGCAGUGAAACUUGAGGUGCGUCAAGUGUUUUCAGUUUUAUCUUUCGAAGGAAUGUACUGUCUAACUGGGAUAUCCCUCGACUAA